GAGAGAUGAAGAUAAGUAUUACAGAAACAGUCUGAAACUGCGGUACUAUGGGGACAAGCACUACAGGAACAGACACAGCAGUAAAGAUCUUAUAUAUAUUGCACCGUCAGUCUUCGUUAGUUCUUGGUCAUAUACACUACUACAGCUAUCAGUAAUUCUCUCUCUUUUCUUGCUGUUAUAAUUAUACAAUAUGGACAUCGUUAUCGAUAUACAAGGCUUCAAGGAUACUGAAGAAUCUUUUUUUCCAAAAGAAGUUGCUGUUGUCUCUGUAAACACCGCCCAUUGCGCUCAUUGGAUCAUUGCACAGCCGUAUUCUUUUACUGAACUGUCUACCCGUUCAAAAUCUCAAAACAAUUGGCUCAGUAAAAAUUUUCAUGGUAUUGAGUGGUUUGAAGGAGAUACACCAUAUAAAAACUUAUGUCGACAUUUGAGAGCUGUUACACAACUUACCAACCGAAUAUUCACUAGAGGCGCUGAUAAAUCAGCAUUUAUCCAACGUAUUACUAGCAGAAACAUUAUAAAUUUAGAAGAAGAGCAAGAAUGUCCAUCAUUUCAUCGUUUACCACAGUUAGAGCAAACUUGUCUCAUUCAUAACAUAAAAAGUAAAACAAAUAAUAGGGAAUAUACAUGUGCUUUAAAUAAUGCGUUACGUAUCAGAAAAUGGCUUAAAGAUUAUGGUCUUUUGGAUUCUACAUCAUCGUCACCAUUAUCGCCACCCGCCCCAUCAUCUUCUAUGACAUGGUAUAAUCGUGAUAAGCAUCAAAAUACUAAAGAAGAAGAAGCAGUAGAAGAAGAAGAAAAUAAUUCUCCACAUAACUCUUGGUGGUUAUGAAUAGUUUGCAACUGCGAGCAGCUUUACAAAAUAUUCCUUGUGACACCGCCGGUGUUUACGCGGCGGAUGAAAUACCAACUGUUUGGAGUAAACCUGCAGGAAUUAUUGCUAAUACCGAUGAUCACACAAAACCCGGAACACACUGGAUCGCUAUGUACGUCGGAAGAGACGGCGUUGGCCACUAUUUCGACAGCUACGGAUUACCACCCAUCAUCCCUCAGCAUCUCAAACGGCUUAGAAGAAACUGCAAAAUCUUAUUCUACAACCCUCAACAAUUUCAAAGUAAUACCUCUGACGUGUGUGGACAAUUUUGUGUUAUGUUUGUGCAUCUUAUGUGUACUGGUUUUGGUAUGCAUCGAUUUCGUGAUAUCUUUUCGAACGAUUUAUCACGAAAUGAUAAAAUAGUUCGCAAUUAUUAUAACACGUAUAUGACACACCAACAAUCUUAUAUUUCAAAUAAAAAUCAAUUUAUAGGUCGUGGUAUGUCUCAUUCAGGUUGUGCGUCACAAACACAAAGUUGUUAUUCGCGAAAAUAAUAAUAUAUCUUAUAUUAACCACAACUAUGUAACCAAUAAAUAUUUA